AUGGCGGCGGCUCCGUCGGCGACGGCGGUGUCCACGGCGGCGCUUGUAGCCCCCAUCCAAGCUCCAACCAGUGCGUUUCUCCGGCGCACCCAGCUCACCCGUCACCGCCUCCACUCACUGAAAUGCCGCCGCGCUGGGCCCAUCGUCCCCGCGGCCGCCGCUGCCGCGGCGGGCAGCAGCUCCCCGUCGUCUGCCGUUUUCCACGGCGAGUGCUUUGUGGUGGGCGAUAACAUCGACACCGACCAGAUCAUCCCCGCCGAGCACCUCACCCUGGUGCCCUCCAAGCCCGACGAGUACCGCAAGCUCGGCUCCUUCGCCUUCGCGGGCCUCCCUUCCGCGGCCUACCCGACGCCGUUCGUCGCCCCGGGUGAGGAAUCCUCGCGCUACGCCGUCAUCGUCGGUGGGGCCAACUUCGGGUGCGGCUCCUCACGCGAGCACGCGCCCGUCGCGCUCGGGGCCGCCGGCGCACGCGCCGUCGUCGCGGAGGGCUACGCGCGCAUCUUCUUCCGCAACUCCGUGGCCACUGGAGAGGUGUACCCUCUGGAGCUCACGGAGGCUGGGGCCUGUAAGGAGUGCAAGACAGGGGAUGUGGUCACCGUGGACCUUGGUAACUCCGUUUUUAUUAACCACACCUCUGGCAAGGAGUACAAGCUGAAACCAAUUGGUGAUGCUGGUCCGGUAAUUGAGGCGGGAGGGAUCUUUGCCUAUGCCCGGAAGACAGGAAUGAUUGCGUCGAAAGCUGCUGCAUGA